CUAGUUAGAGGACACAAAUCGUCAUUCCAGAUUGUCGAUUAAGGGAUGAAAUUGCUCAUAAAUCUGGCUUUUGUGAAUUUUUGUAUAAGUUUAAUAUCAAAGUUGUGUAAUUUGCCAUGUGGUUUUUCAAUUAAACUUAAUCUGUUAUGCUAACUAAAAAUAAUGUCGACGAAGGAUAUUCAAUUUACCGAAAAUAAACUUUCUAUUCAACAAGGAUCGUAUGUUCAAAAAACGCCAUUUUUGAUAGAAGAUAUUUUACACCAACGUAAUAACAGUGAUCAUUUGCAACAGAAAAUUAGUGUAAAUAAAAUAAGUAACAAUGGUGAUAAGGUGAUCACAGACAUAAAUAAUAAAAUAGUAAGGAACAAUAACUUAAAUGAGCUUAUGUCAAGUGGUAAUGUUCAAGGAAAUGAAGAGGAUUAUAGAAAAAUUCUGCAGCAUGAACGAUUUAAAUUACACGAGCGAAUACCAACCACACAAUCACACUUCAACGCACCAAAUCAAAAUAUGCUUUAUGCAUCCAAUCCAUACAGUGAUUCGUCAGGUUACCUUCAAAUGGCAUUGGGAGCUUACUUGACACCAUCUGGUGGUGGAUACAAAAGUGUCGAUCCAUAUUUUCUAUCGCAAGGUAUAUUCAGUGGAACACAUCUAUUUUCUGGAUCGUGUCCAGUACCCGAACUUGCUCUAGGAAUUGGAAUGGGAGUUAAUGCUUUAAGACAUUGCAGAAGACGAAAAGCUCGAACAGUUUUCAGUGAUCCACAAUUAACUGGCUUGGAAAAACGCUUCGAGGCGCAAAGAUACCUGUCGACACCGGAAAGAGUAGAACUUGCAUCUUCAUUGGGCUUGAGCGAAACUCAAGUGAAAACAUGGUUUCAAAAUCGUCGCAUGAAGCACAAAAAACAGUUACGACGAAGAGAAAAUAAUUCAGAACCAGUAGACUUUUCUCGUAAUGUUACGAGCAAGUUGAACCAGUCAUCGGAUACAACACAGCAUUCGAAUCGGUCAUUUUCCACGUAUUCUAUGAACGAAAAGAAAACUCUUGGCAUGUUAAGAAGUGUAUCUUCCGAUGACAUGAUUAAAUCGAGUGAUGAAAAUUCGGAUGAAGAAAGUGAUGUGGACGUAGACAUCGUUGGUGACCCCAAAGGAUACAUGACAUAAUUUAAGUAGAAAACCAAAUUGAUCGAAUUUAAUUAUGUAUUUGCAUUGUGUUCAUGGCAAAAUGAUGUAACAGGAGUGAUAUAUUGGGUGUGUAGAUAUGUAGGCCAAGAGUCGAAAAUAAUAUCAAUUUAGUAUAAAUAACCAAAAUUUGUAAAUUAUUUUUAGCUUAAGACAAAAAUGCACAUAG